AUGUGGGAUACCAGAUUUCUCCUGAUAAUCUCCCUUGGAUACCGGAUUGAAAGUUUAAUGUUAUCAGUUUCAUCAAAUUCAUCAAAUGAGCCGCAAACGGAGAUAAUAGACAAUACUACCGUACCUCUGAUUGAUGAUGACGACUUUUACAAUACUUCUUGUACUCGAUUCCAGGCAUCGCAGCGACCAAUGUGAGAACAUUUAAGCCUUUAUACCGUGUAGAUAAUCAAUUGUUUUUUUUAAAAUUUUUUGUGAGAUUACUGUAAUUUUCUUGACUUUUGUUUUUAUUACAUAGUGUUUACUGUAAUUUCAGCUUCAUUGAUAGCGCGACUUGCCCGGAUCUCGACUCCUACGGUGCUUAUUUACCAUUAAUUUAUGUCAUCCCACCAUUUGAUCAGGAGUUUGUUGUCAAAAAAUUAGCGCCGCCAUACAAUACAAACUGUGUUCUGAAGUAAGUUUUGCUGAAUCCCCAAACCGUAUUUUGAUUUCAUUUCCAGCUUCACAAUCCUCGUAGAUGAUUGUGAAAUUGUGUAUGAUCUGAUGGAUGAAGUGGAGCAAGGAAAAGAUCGCUCCUUCCGUAUCUACAUUGACGAUCUCCACCAACAACUGAAGCUGGAGUUUAACAACACACAAACAAUAAGCAACUCUUGUCGACAGACCUAUGACUGGAAAUAUUUUGCGAAUAUUACACUACUCGGUUUCGCCAAAGAAGAGGAUUCCGACUGUCUGUUCGAGUUUGUAUGUCCUCUUCAAUAAAUAACAUAUUUUAGUUCCGAAACGGCGUCGGAUACUACAAUCCGAAGCCAUUUGUCGACACAAAAGAGGACGAUGAUCCCUAUUUUGCGGCGGAAAAUAAACUUUUGGAAGAGGAUUUUAACGAAGAAUCGAGGGAAAUUUGGUAUGCAAUCACUCAUUUAUGGUGCAAAGAAGACUGUUUAAUCGUUACAGCCGUUUUGGCUGUUGUUUUGUAGGUUUUUACAUUGUAACUGGCAAAGUUUUAGAAAAAAGUCCUAAAAUUGCGAUGGAUAAUAUAAAUUAGUGUCUUGAGAAGGCCGAGAAAAUUGUGGUUCAAUAUAAAAUUACUCACUUAUUGACAUGACCCAUUAUCCCAAUUUUGACAAAAGAUUAUUUUGGCAUCGAAAAAGAAUGCCAAACUUUGGCGGAAAUUCUUAGGUUUGAAUUUUUGAAUAUAAAGUACAGAUAAUUUUUAUUAUUUUUUUAUUGGUUUAGGGAUUGACAGUUUAAUUACAGCAUGCUGAGUAUCGCCCUCUGCAUUACUUUCUUCGUUUUGACCAAUAAUUUGAAGGUGAGCACCUCCUCUCAUGGAUAACAUAAAAACCCUUUAGAGAGAUCUCGAAAACAAUCAGUUGGCCUCCUUGUGCACCGAACUGCGAACUCCUAGCAUGAUGGGCUCGUUGUCGAGUGUCAGAACGGCAGUGAUGAAGGUAGACAGUGAGAAUGGAAUGAUGGUUCAAGUAAUGGAUCCCCAACAGAUGACGCCAGAACUAAGCGAAGGCACUAUUAGUCAGAAGGAGAGUUUGGAAAUGGAUACGGAAAGUGAGAAGGGAUUUUCGAGCAAAAAAAGAUCAAAGGAAAGUAAGAAAAGCAAGAAAGAAAAGAAGAAAAAAGAGAAAAGUAUGAAGAGUAAGAAGAAGAAAGACCGAAGCGAAAAGAGCAAAAAGAAGAGGAAUGAGGGCAGCAAGAAGAGUAAAAAGAGCAAGGACAAGAAGGAUCAGAAAAAGAAGAAGGAAAAGGAGAAAGAUGGAAGCGUCAAGGAUGUCUCUUAUAAGGAUUGGCAAUAA